AUGGCGAGCAACUCGCAAAAAGCAGAUAAAAAUAGAAAUAAAAGCAAAAAGAUGGAGAAUGAAGCUUCAGAAAAUCCUCCACUGUCUGACAAAACAGAUUUGGCUCCUCCUGAGGACUCACAGUCCCUUUUCAAGACUGAACCACUGGAAAAGUUUGUAAAUGAGAUCAGCAAAGAAAUUAAUAACUUGUUAUCAAAAUAUGCUGACACCAUAAGUGCAAAAAUAGCGUUGGAUUCUUCUUAUGUCCAGGAACUUGAUGAGAUCCUAAAAGAAGCCAGGGCCAUAGAAAAGCACUUACAGCAGAAAAGGGAGAAGCUGAAACAGAGAUUCGCUGUCAUUGUCAAUAGCCUGCAAAGCUAAAUGGAGUUUGUGAUGAAAAUGCAGAGCCAAAGUUGUGUUUGUGUAUGAAAACAAAAUGUGAUGAGUGUUGUGAUGUCUGUUUCUUGUAUAAAUAUUUCUGUCAGUUCAGGAAAUUUCCAACAAGUUAAGCAGCUACUUAGUGUUUAAAUACAUAGUGGUUGUUAAUAAAAACAAUUCUGAAAAUCUAUUUUAGAUCCUGUGAUUCAAGGGAUUAAGACAUUAAGCCAUGUUAACCCAUUAAAUAUAGCAAAAACCAAUUUCUAUGAAAUACAGAAAUUUAUGAUGUAAGUGGAAAAUGAUCUCAGAUUAUCUCAUGCUAACCAUUUUCUGGUUAUGAGUUGUUUUUUUUUUUCCUUUCUACUUUAAAAAUUUUUUUUGCUAAAAUCUUAGUAGAAUAUACUUGCAAUGUUAUUUUCAUUUGACCUCAGAAUGUAAACAGGCUGAAAAGAUCAGCUCAGAAAUAAGAGAGUUCUGUAAAUAACUUUGAGAAAGUAUAAAGUCAUAAUUUCAAAUGCAUUGUGAUAUUGGUAAUAUGUGUAACACUGGAAUAUGUGUAAUACUGGAAAUAUAUUUCUACAUUUCAAGGCCAUGUAGUUAUAAAACCUAAUCAAAGCUUUGCUGUGGAUGUCAGUAAGUAAAUAGAUAAUGUUAGCAUGAUCUAGAAUUACAGUGUUAUUUUAUUUGGCUUCAUGAGCGUUGCUUGUUGAUAUUCAGUUUUUCUGAGAACACUGAGCUCUUUUUCUUUCUUGUCAUUUUACUCUUGUUAAAAAAAAAAAGAUGAAACAUGGAGUGUACAAAGGAUCACUUGUACAAAGUGUGGGGUUUAUGUAAUAAAGAGAAGAGCUGGAACAAGAUAUAUUUCCAUCUCUACCCCAGUAGUGUGCAGUGAUUUCCUCUUUAAAUCCUCUCAGACCUAAUCCUUUCCCCCUUCCCUGAGCUCAAAGCCAAACGUGCUGCGUGUCACAGCGACACGAUUUACAGCAAAGAAUGAGAGGAACUGGACAUGUAGGGUGAGAUUUAGAUCCCUGAAGAUGCAGAUAUGUCCUUAGCAGGAUUUUCAGAGUGCCUAAGCAUGGUGUAAGCGCCUUACCCGCUUAGGAAUUUUGGAAAUCCCCUAAGGUGCCUAUCUGCAUCUUUAGCAUCUAAAGGCUUCCCAAAGUCUCACCACUGCUCUGCCAUCAUAUUUAGCAGUCUUCUAUUUUUUCCCUGAUACUCUCAGGCUUCUCUGUUUAUACAGAGAAAUGUGGGAGAAAAAGAGAAGAUUUAGGAAGUGACAUUUUCUAAAAUAUUGUGCUGGGUGUUUCUAAAAUGCUGGCUCAUCUGUAGUGAUGACACAACCUGGAGUUUCACAAUGACAUCUGCCAAGGGCGUGAACUCAGACAUUUACCCCCAGUUAUUUAUGAAUAAUAAAGAAAAGCUGCACAAAUCUAAUUACUGGGGAGCAUCUGCCUGUUACUGCAUUUUAGCUGUUUGUGCUUGGGGAAAUCCUGCAGCCUCCUUAGAGCAUCUGGGUUUGGAUUAUCUCCAUUUAGUUUAUGUGGCCAAUAUACCCAACUAUUAUUAGUGUCAAACCUUAGAUUUUGGGAUACAAUAAUUUCAUAAGGUUUUCCUCAUGGGGAAUCAACUGCUCCUGUUGCAGUGGUUUGCUCUAUUUAAAAACUUUAUAAAAUCCAACAAAAAUGAGUAAAAUUCCACUUUUAAAACAACGAAGGACUGGUUAGUGCAGUUCAAUCCAAGAUAUAGUUUUAGAAUGAUGACUCUUGGUUUUUUACAGUGAUUUCUUAUGCAGUUGGUUGUCAUUCCAAUUAAUAACCUUUAUUAGAGUGGGAUCUCUGGGAUAAUUAGAGGAAUUUAGAAUUUGAGG